CAUUUAUACUCACACAUUCCUAUACGCAGACUGAGGGAGCUCCAUUUCUGACGGGCCCGCCGAUGGAGUCAGGGAGGGCAACACUGCUCAAAGAGCAGCAACUGAAGGAUCAGUUUGAUAACCUAGAGAAGCAUACACAGUCAGGCAUCGAGUUCGUGGAGAGGUACAGUAAAUUCGUCAAAGAGAGAUCGGAUAUUGAAAUCAGCUAUGCAAAGCAGAUUAGGAAUCUAUCAAAGAAGUAUCAACCGAAGAAGAACUCAAGAGAAGAGGAGGAGAACAAAUACACGUCAUGCCGGGCCUUCCUGUCAACGCUGAACGAGCUGAACGACUAUGCAGGACAGCACGAGGUCAUUGCUGAGAACCUGACCUCUCAGAUCAUCACUGAACUCUCACGGUACCUCACAGAGCUCAAGGCAGAGAGGAAAUCGCACUUCCAUGAUGGACGUAAGGCGCAGCAACAGAUUGAGAGCUUGUGGAAACAGCUGGAGUCGAGUAAACGGCGGUUCGAGAGAGACUGUAAAGAGGCGGACCGGGCACAGCAGUACUUUGAGAGAAUGGACGCCGACAUCAAUGUAACGAAAGCAGACGUGGAGAAGGCGCGGCAGCAGGCUCAGAUGAGACACCAGAUUGCAGCAGACAGUAAGACUGAAUACUCCAACUACCUGACCAAGUUCAACCAGGAGCAGAAUGAACAUUACUACACACUCAUCCCCAAUAUAUUCCAGAAACUCCAGGAGAUGGAGGAGAGGCGGAUCGAGAGGGUGGGUGUGUCCAUGAAGACAUACGCAGAGGUGGACCGUGAGGUGCUGCCUAUUGUAGGGAAAUGUCUAGACGGAAUGACCAAGGCUGCUGAGUCCAUCGAGCCAAAGACUGACUCUAAGCAGGUAGUGGAGUCGUACAAGUCUGGGUUUGAGCCCCCAGGGGACGUAGAGUUUGAGGACUACGGGCCGGGACAGACCAUGAAGAGGACUGUCUCUGAGACCAGCCUGUCCAACUCACGAGGAGAGGCCAAGGAACGUCCCGGCGGGGGCAAGAGCAAAGGCAAACUGUGGCCUUUCAUUAAGAACAAGAACAAGCUUAUGUCCCUGUUAACGUCCCCGCACCAGCCCCCCCCCGCCCCCCCAGCCUCCAGCCCCCCCUCACCCUGUGCUGUUCCCAACGACCCCCAGUCUCCCAAGCAGAACAAGGAGCCCCUUUCCAACCGCUUCAACGAGUUCAUGGCCUCCAAACCCAAAAUGACCUGCCUCCGGAGCCUGAGGCGAGGGCUUUCUCUCAAGUUGAUCACAUUCAAUUCCCACGUCCGGAAUCUGAUUGAGGGCUCUGGACCGGAGGACUUCAGCCACCUGCCACCAGAGCAGAGGAGAAAGAAGCUUCAGGCCAAGAUAGACGACAUAAAUAAGGACAUCCAGAAAGAGAUGGACCAGAAAGAUGCCCUAACUAAGAUGAAGGGUGUGUAUGAGAAGAAUCCCCAGAUGGGAGACCCUGCCAGUGUGGACCCCCGGCUAGUAGAGAUGGCAAUGAACAUCGAGAAACUGCAGUCCGAGGUCCAGAAAUUCGAGGGAUGGCUGGCGGAGGUGGAGGGGAGGUUACCGUCGAGGAGUGACCCUCCCAGGAGACAGAGUGGUCUGUACGAGUCACAGAACAGCACCAUGGUCGACAACAACUGUGCACAGGACAGAGAGAGCAGCCCGGAUGGCAGUUACACAGAGGAUCAGAGUUCAGAGACUCAGGUCAAGGUGGCCAUAGCAAACACUCCAGAGUUUGAUGAUGAGUUUGACGAUGGGGAUGAGGAGACACUGCCCACCAUCGGCACCUGUAAAGCCGUCUACUCAUUUGAAGGUCAUAAUGAGGGGACUAUCUCAGUGACAGAAGGAGAGCUGCUGUUUGUAAUAGAGCAGGAUAAAGGUGACGGCUGGACGAGGGUCCGCAGGAACGAAGAGGAAGAAGGCUACGUACCCACGUCCUACGUCGAGGUCUUUUUGGAAACGAACACCAAAGAUUCCUAAAAGUGUGAGAGCUGGCUCAGGAAUGGCAGGGCAAGCAGCCUCAGCGACAGAGCGACCACGUUCACGUUCCUUUACGGUCAGAAAGUCCGAGAGAGUGACAUGACCGAGGCAAAGACAGGAGACCUAUGAUGCAUCUCAAUUUCCAACCUGAUACAUUUGUAGAGUUCUCUCCUUCUGCAACGGUCUCUGACCAGAAGCAACAAUAAGAGAAAAACAAACCAAAUUGAGAGCUCAUAAAUCUUUUAUUUUUUAAUAGGUUAUUACCCAUUUAUCAUUUUGCUUCUUUUGUCUCUGCAAAGCUUUGCUUCUCAAUGUACUAACUCAGCUUCCGCUAUGCGGCGUUACCAUGGACGCUGUUGGCUCUCUCACCUCGAAUGCCCCCCGAGUCCCAACCCACUUCCCUGCCACUCCUCCCUAUCCCCCCUCCUAAAGCACAGCAGGGUGUGGUCAGACAGGGCCGGGACCAGCUCUGAAGCAACCCAAUCUGCCCCCGACUACACCCCACACACACCAUCCCACCAGACAUGAAGCCAAACCAUGUCCCUCUCCAGUCCACACUCCCAUACAAAUCAAUCAGGUGGAUGCAGUUGCAGAAUCUCUCACUGAUUGACACAGAGCAAUCAUCGCAGAAGGAACAGUCCAGAUCCAGCAUAACAUGGAGUUUCCAUGGAAACAACACAUUUAUUCCACUCUCUAAUUCGUCAUCUGUAUGACUGAAGUUCAUUUAUAGAGUGUGUACGCGUGUGGGUGCCUGUCAGUAUCAUGUACAUCCCCCAUUCACACCAUCCAUGACUGAGAAAGGGACAGGACUGGGAGUUCCAGGAACGUGGGGUUGGAGACAGGUUCACAUUACUUCACUCACCUGCACUCUCUCUCCUUACCAUACCAUCAUGUGUUGUUACUGGCAUCCCGUCUGCUCCUCUCUGGCCACACCCCUCCACAGACCCUCCCCUGCAAGUGCCAGUCGCUGAUCGUUGAGCGCCAUGUCGCCGCUUAUGGUGGGGCAUCUCUCAGGUGGUGCGUGCGGUGUGCAUGCUUGCCCUGUCUCCUCCUCGGCUCGCCCCCUCCCGCUUGGCUCAGGGGGUUAGCUUAUACUCGUCGCCUGGCAUUUUUUGUUUAAGUUAACCCCCACGGCCUGUUACACUUCUUAACCAGUUUAUCCAUUUGUCACCUUUUGGGUUCUGUGCCUGUGGAUCAUCUACUAGCUGUUCCUUAUUUAGUUUUUUGUUGUGGCUGUUUGACUGUUCGUCGUCUCUGAAAGCAUGUUCACCUACCUGUGUUUUUAACAGUGAGUGUGUGCUCUCCCUCACAGUAAAUCCUCCAGCUCAAAUCUCAUUACCGGAAGAGAAGAAAAUGUGGGAUUCCAAAAUGUCUGUUUCUGAAUGAUAUCAUGCACAGUAAAACAUUGAAUUUGUCUAUUUGUUAUACUGUAUGUAUGUAAUGUUGUUGGCUGACAUUGUACGUGUUUGAAAAGUGUGUUGAAGGCAAGCGGUCGUUAGCGUCAUCCUGUGGAUACAUGCUGCGAUGUUUCACGUCUCCACUGUAUAUCCAACAGACCGUGUCCCCUGGAAGAGAACUUGAAGAUUAUUUAAAAUUCUCAUGUAGUUUGCUUGGGCCACUUACUACUGCGUGUGGAAGUAUUGUAUACUAUGAUCCACACACUUUCCCACAAUGUUGUGACUGAAUAUGAGACAAGACAAACUUCCUAUUGGGCCUUAACUGGGUUGAUCCUAGCUACCACUUAAUCUAAAAACAAGUUCAAGUUGUGUCACAUGCACAAGUACAGUGAAAUGCUUAACUUGCAAGCUCUACCCAACUGUGCAGUAAUCAGGGGGAGUAAGAUGCCAUUCUAUUAUCUAUGGUAUGUUGACUAGGUCGAGACAUCUCGUUUUUUUUAUAAAGGUGGUGAAGGAAGAUUACUCUCAAUGUCUACAGAGAUGAUGAUGUCCACUGUUUCCCUUUCUUGAAUGCAUAUAAACAUUUUAAUUAUGUAAUUAUUUUUUAACAGUGUUUGGUCGAAGAGAUUGCUUUUUAAUUUGUAGCUAGUUUCUAGCUGGAAAAAUGUUGCACCUGAAUUACAAACCACUUGAUGAUGAAACCAGUUGUUUGAUCUGCCUGAAGUCACUGUAGAUAAAGUAAUGAAAAACAUUGUUUUGUGUAAUGAAGCAAUUAGUGAUAUUAUUAGCUUCAGGUAUGUCCCAAAUGGCUCCCUAUAUAGUGCACUACUUUUGAUCCGGCUCUGGUCAAAAUAAUUGCACUAUGUAGGGAAUAGGGUGCCAUUUGGGACUCCGCCUUAAGAGUGUUUGAAAAAAAAUGUAUUCCAGUAUUAUUACUCGAGCAGCAACUGAAAUUGUAUCAAUGCAAACCAUGUAUACUAUCAGCAGAACCACAAUUGAACAGUGAUCCAUCACCAUGUGGAGUCCCAGUUACUUGACAUAAUUUAAAAAGUCAAGCAGCGCAAAUCUGCAUGUUCUGUGGCUGAGAACCAGGUCAGGUCAAAGUUUCACUUUGCUAUUCCCAGCCGUCCAGCUCUUAUUUGGACUAGUGUAGAUAUUGACUUGGCAGUUGUUUUGUUUGUUUGUGAGAAGGCAAAACAGAUUUUUAUGCAGACCAUCAGAAGGUGCAUCUCUGUGCUGUGCUGACUGACAGACAUACCCACUCAGAGAGCCAGUAUAGAGAAAAAUCUGCCUAACUCUCGACUGACACCAACCCAGACCUCCAGCCAGGCCCCAGUGCACCUGUACAAAAGAAAAUGGCUUGUUGAAAUUAGAGAAUAUAUAUAAAUAAAUAUGGAUUAAACUAAGACAAAAAAGGAAAUAAAUAUAUUUUUAAGGUUAACUAUUAAAGGCCUUACUCUGUAUUCUCUGCUUUGCUAAGACUGUUUUUUUUUGUAAAGUCUGCCAAAUGGUGUGUUUAGCACUUUUGUUUGUGUUCAUGUUGGUAUAUGCUUAUGUUUUAGAGCACUGAAUACUUUGUAUUGUGUUAACUGUGCCAAUUAAAUACAUGUUGAAAAUAA